AUGCUUCUCUCAGCAUGCGUGAAGUUGGAUGAAGUGGAUGGAGAUAUUGCCCAACAGCUCAUAUUCUGUACACGAGAGCUCGAGCUCUGGUUGAGUCGGUUUGAGGAGACAACUGCUUCCGUGAAGACCAUCUACUCGGCACGGUCUCGCAACACUUCGUGCCCACGCACGGCCAACCCCUCGUCCUUCGGCCUCGAGGCGCCGAAGACAGCGCAUCAUCUCCCGGCUCCCGGGACCGAGGCUGUCGGAGCCAGUCCUUCAGCGUUGCGCAUCUCUGGCCACCCUUUCAGACAGACGAUGACUGGCCAGGGCGAGCUGGGCAGUUUCAAUGACUCGUCGAGCAGAUACGCGGCCUCAGAGGCUCGGGCCUCAGAGACAUCAUCGACAUCGCGACCGAGCAGCAUCUACCUCGACGAAGUUACGGAGUUCGACUCUGUUGUUGACAUCGAGCCGAUGGAGAUAAUGCGUUCCGAACAACCGCUCUACAUUGAAUGCGACACUUCUGAAGUAAGUGGGAAAAGUGAUGCGCUAUUCCAUGCUUGA